AAAAAAAAAAAAAUAGUGUGUUCUAUUUCUCUAUUGGCUCCAAGAAAGCAAUAUUAGGAGCUGAAAAGCAAAUGUUUUGAAUUUUUCUCUUUCUAACAAAAGUGCAUACAGCCACUUGGUUGGCCCUGCAUUCAUUACACCAACGUUAUUCUCAACUUUUUUCAAACUACUUUGGAGCCAAAUGUGUCUCUUUUAAAACUUAACAUUUUCUUUCCACUUCUUGCCUGGCUUUAACUUCACCAUUCCUCAGCUUCUACAGGUACUGGAUGGGGUGUUUUCUUGCUUGUUUCGGGUUUCAUAAGCAUAGAAAGAAAUGUCAUUCACAGGCCGAUGGAGUCACAAUAAGCAACCAAAUACAUCUAAGCUAUGAGCCUUUAGAUUCCUCCCAAAUUACAACUUGUGAUACUAGCGAGAAGCUCGAAAUACAGAAUUCUAAACCAAGAUCCCAUUCCCUUUUCAGGGAUAGAGCUAAGGAGAAGCCUUGGGUCAAAAUCAGGAAGAAAGUUAGCUUUAAUCUAAACGUCCAGACCUAUGAACCUGUCCCAGAUGAUGACUAUUUCCUAGAGAAUGAUGAUGUGGUAAAAACUGAAGAACAUUGCCAAGAAACAACAGCUAGAACUGAUUCCACACCACUCCCAAACAAGGCAUUUACAGCCUCCAAUUCAGGAACUUACCCUCAAAACCACAGAUACCAGAAUUGUGAGGAUAAUUAUGAUGAUGAAGAAGAUGAUUCUGGAAAUGGUGAGAGUGAUAUGGAUGAUGAUAGUGAACUUGAUGAAAAUCAUGAUGAGAACAAUGAUGUGUUUAGAUCAUGUGAGUUGGACACUAAUAUUGUAGACAGGAGCCAACAAGUUCAUUCUGUACUAAAACCAAUAGAAAAUCUUACUCAAUGGAGGACAGCUAAAGCAAAAGCAAGGUCAAUUACUAAGCAUCAGAUGCAAAACAAGAUUAAGACAUCAGAGCAGGCAAAGUCUCCAGUAAUUUUCAGUUCAAACACAAGUUCAAUUCAAUCACCAUUGAAGUCAAGAUCAAAUUUGUGCUUACCUGAUACUCAAAUGCAAGAAAAUGAUCUGGUGCAUUCAAGCCUCUCAGAUUGGUUGGUCAGAACUGCAUAAAUUAGGCUAGUCAGAAAAGAAGCAACAACACAAUCAACUUCAUGAAAACAAUAAAGGUUGAAGAAUCUGUCUCUUAUCUUUUGUGUAGCAAAGAGAAACACAUAAUGAAAGAAAAACGUGGCAUCGAUCGAUCGAACUCCUUGGUUUGCUGGUUUGUCUGGAAGAUUUUUUGUUUUUUUGUUUUUUCUUUUUCUAAAAAAGGAUCUAUUGAGUGUGGGCAUAUGGUGUUGUUUGGAAAGUUUAUUCAUGAAGAUGUAAGCUUGUUUUCUGCUGUUUAUGCAUGCUGCUCCCACAAGAUAAUGCGGACAACAUAAUUUUUAAUCAAAUAACAUGUAAAAGAUUUGUCUUACUGACAUAAAUCUUGGUUAUACAUAUGUAUUUUCUUAAACGUAAGCAUAUGACAUAUAAAAAGUGAGUUUCAUUAAUUUGAGUUUAAAUAAUUUGUGAGAUUAACAAAUUUGACGGAUACAAAAUCAGGCCAUAGAUCAAUAUCCAGGUAUACUACCCAAAUGACUUGGAGUAUAGAACAAAACAAGCAUCUCCUUGCCUUGACAGAAGUUUGGUUACUUGUUCCUCAUCUGAUCUUUGACAGAAAAAAAUGCCAACUGAAGUAUGCAACGAACAAAUUUUAUUACCAGAAGUCUACAUAAAACGCAGUAUGUGAACACCAAGAAAUGAAACACCAUCAACGCAUCAAAGAAAUAUAGAACUAUGGGGAGUUCGAAAGGAGUCUAUCACAGUUGAAACUACCCCCAUAACUUUACAGACAACGAACUCAGAAAAGCAUUACAAACACACAACUUUGAUUUUGAUCUUUACUAUUAUUCUGUUAGUUAGCAUGAUCAGCCACACUGAUUUUGAUCAAUCGAGUUUCUCAUCAAACACACAACUUUGAGAAGUACAAGAUAUUUUUUAUUCUACUUUUGGAAAUGAAUUCCAGAAAUAAUAUUCGCAACUCAAAACACUGUUUAUAGUUAUAAAACAUUGGCUAGCACAGUCGAUGCAGCGACAAAUCAGGGCCAUGUCUGCUCAAAUCAAACUAUUUGGAUGAAAUGAGAGAUGCAAACUUUGGAUAUGGAACAAGAUUAGGUCAAAUUUCCUUCUACAACAAAGACAACAUACUGAAUUGGUUAUACCACCUAUUCUCUACUUUCCAUUCGUGACAUUUAGCCAAAGGGAAUGCAUCAUGCCUAAAAUCAUACUCAUACACAGCUUGUGUGGCUACUAAGCUAUUUCUUUAGAAAGUUCCUACUGAGAUGGGAAAUUCGGAGAUAAAGCUGCUAGUACCAAGUAAACUAAUAUUGGAUAAAGUUAUCCGCUCUACACUUGGCUACACAGUAUACAGACAAUUGUUUAUGUAUAUGGUGAGAAGGGAAAAAAUAAUGAAUGAUACAAAUUCCAAGGAAAACAUAGUGUUAGAAGAUACCAGCCCAGCCGCAACCACCAGUGAUUAGAGGCUACCAAGGAAGUCUGGUCCAUAUGCCAAAAAUAAUCUAACCUUUUAAAUUCAUAUUUACCAAUACAGUUGUUGAGGAACACCUUAAUGUUCCUCACAUCAAACCUUAAGCAACAACAUGCAUUUUUGGAAACAAAAGUAACACAGCAGAACCAAUUGCAGCUAUCCAUUAGAGGCCAUCAUUACAUGCCCAUAGCGAGAUGAAGAUUUUCUUCAUACUAAACUGCCCGCCAAAAUUAUGAUCCUGCAUACAGACACACUCACAAGGCGCAGCCAAAAUCAAUAUUUAUAUUGGUUAUCGUGCCUAAUGGACAUGAAUUGCAAGUUUUAGGGAUAGAGACAGAUAAAAAGUGUCUUUUUUUAAUUUCUUCUGUCACAUGAAAGCAUAUAAUUUGGCCAAAAAGUUGAAAGAUCAAGAAGAGAAGCUCUUAGACAUAAUGAACUACCAGGUAAACUAAUCUACUUUAGUUCUCUAUUGAUCAAAACUACAAAAACGGGAAAAAAAAAA